UUUGCCUGGGACUUUUCAGGAGAGCGCAGCGCAGGAGGAGGCUUUGGGACAGAGGAUGGCUCUGCGCUCUGCAACCCUGUGGUUCCUGGUGUUGGAGGUGGUCGCUCUGCCCCAGAUGUGCCUCGGCUCCUCCUCACAUUCCGUCAAGGUUGCCUUCUUCGCUGUCUGGGAGCCCAGUCAGAGGCUCUCCCACGUGGUUGUUCUGGGCUAUUUGGACGAUGAGCUCUUUGCUCGCUAUGACAGCAACAGCAAGAAGAUUCAGCCACGAGUCUCCUGGAUGGAGAAAUCAAGGAAGGAUAUUCCCCAAUAUUGGCAGGCUCUGACUGAUGCAGCACGUAGCCAAGAUGAUGAGUUCAGAAGACGCAUGGAGAAUUCAGGACCUCCCUACAAUAAGAACAGAGAUCUUCAUACGGAACAGCUCAUCGCAGGCUGUGAACUCUGGGGAAAUGGGAGCGAAAGAGAGAUUUACAUAAAGACGGCUCCUAAUUUGAAAGGUGCAUACACCUUCCGUGCGCCUGUUCAUCCCAAGAUGGAAGUCUGCAUUGAGUUGCUAGAGAAGUGCCUGUUUUAUAGGAAUGAGACGCUGAUGAGGACAGAGACCCCAGUGGUGACAGUGAACAGCAGGACGGAGGUGGAGGAUGGGAUGGAGAUGCACAUCUGCCAGAUAUACGGCUUCUACCCCAGGGAAAUCAAUGCCUCCUGGAGACGGAAUGAGGACAUCUGGCUGAAGAACACCCUCCAUGGGUCUGUGGCCCCCAAUGCGGAUGGGACCUACCACUACUGGCUCAGCAUCCGGAUCAACCCCAAAGAGAGGGGAUGCUAUGAGUGCUAUGUGGAGCAUGAUGGCCUGCAGGAGCCUCUGGCCCUGGCCCUGGCGGUCCCAGAAUCCAACCUGGGCCUCAUCAUCGGCUGCGUUGUGGCUGGUCUUGUCAUGGUCUGUGUGAUUGUUGGGACUUUGAUGUUCUUGAGUAAGUAUCCUUUUGGGGGGGUUGAUUGAAAGAAGAUAGAGAAAUCCUCCCAAAUCUCUCGCUUUAGGGAGCUUCUUCUGGGCUUCCUUCUCCUGCGUUUUCACAGCCCUUUUGGGGAGCAUCUUACACCUGGCCUCUUUGGGGCACCUCAGUCUUGACUCAGCUUUAACUCUGCCAGGCAGUAUUGUUGCAGCAGGUUGAGGCUUUGGCCACAAUGCUCAAUAAAAACGGGAUGUGAGACCACGAAGGUGCAAGAGAAACAGGUUUAUUGAUGCAUCGAGUUCAGCGGGUUCACACACCAAAAUCUGAACUCCCCGGGAUCCACCCAGGACAUUGAUUUUUAUACCAUACUUCAAACUAAGUUGUUUUAAGGCGUUUCUCUUCUUCCCACACAAGACGUAAACAUUUUACUAAAACAGAAAAGUACAUUUUGGAAUCUUACAGAAAGAGAAGCACAUAGGAAAAAAUACAAAAAGUGAAGAUCUUAUUCCUAGAUUUCUUAAGCUGUUUUUGGAGUUUCACCCUUGUUCUGUCUUACACCCAUGCUUGGCUUCCUGUGCCCUUCCUUUACAGCAUCUUGCCACACUGUUCCAGUAAGAUUUGUAACAACUUUGAGGAAGUAAGAAAUCAAAGUU